UUCAAUGAUGUUUGUAAUUCAGCAGAGUGCCAUAAAAUACUUUUGGAGAAUUGGACUACUAGCAGAAGAUGUACAAUGAAGUCCAUCAUCAAUUUCUUGUUACUGAUUAGUCUUCAAGUAUGUUGCCAUCAAUUCCCAGAAUAUCCUGAUCACGACCACGUCCAUAAAGAUAAAAAUCCACACAAACAUCACGAACUUCCUUUGGCAGAAGAAGGGCAGAAGUACCUAAACUAUCAUAAGAUAGUUUCCAGUAAUUCUGAAUUUGCAUUCAGAUUCUACAAAGAAAUUGCUUCAGAUGCAACUGGCAAAAAUAUUUUCUUCUCUCCCUUCAGCAUCUCAACAGCUUUUGCACUAUUGACAUUAGGUGCCAUAUCAGAAACUAAGAAUCAGAUUCACAAAACACUUGCUUUUAACCUCUCAGACAUUGAAGAGAGAAAGAUACAUGAAGGAUUCCAACAUCUUAUCAAUGGACUUAGCCAUCCAAGCAGUAAAGCCCAGCUGAACAUAGGCAAUGCCCUGUUCAUUGAAAAAUCCUUGAAAUUAUUGGCUAAAUUUUUGGAAGAUGCCAAAAUGUUUUAUGAAGCUGAGGGAUUCUCUACCAAUUUCAGUGUUCCCAGACUGGUUAAAAAGCAGAUCAAUGACUAUGUGGGAAACAAAACUCAUGGGAAAAUACCUCAUGCCAUUGAACAUUUAGACCCAGAUACUGUGAUGGUCCUUGUGAAUUACAUCUUCUUCAAAGCUUCCUGGGAAAAACCUUUUGACACUCGUUUGACCAGAAAAAAAGACUUCUAUGUAGAUGCAAACACAACAGUGGAGAUUGAUUUUAUGAGACACACGGACUACUAUAACAUUUUCCGUGAUCAAGAUCUUUCUUGCUGGGUGGUAGAAAUUCCUUAUAAAGGAGAUAUUACGGCAUUGUUUAUUCUACCGGAUGAAGGGAAGUUAGAACACGUGGAGGCAGCUUUGGUGACAGAAACCCUGUAUAAAUGGACAACCUCCUUGACGCAUAAAAAUAUAAAUCUGCACUUUCCUAAGUUUACCAUUUCUACAUCUUACAACGUCAAAGACUUGUUACAAAGAAUGGGAGUGACAGCUAUCUUUAACAACACUAGUGACUUAUCUGGAAUCACGGGAGAACGCAAUCUGAAGGUUUCAAAAGCCAUUCAUAAAACUAUGCUGAAUGUUCAUGAGAGUGGUACAGAAGCAGCAGCUGUCACUGUCAUACAAUUUAUGCUACGUUCUGCUAUAAUCAAACCUUCACUUUUUAUCACAUUUGACAGACCUUUCCUGAUGAUAAGUAUAGCUAAGUCAACGGGCAGCAUCAUUUUUCUUGGGAGAAUUAUGAAUUUGGCCGAAGAAUAAAUAUUAAAAUAUGUCAUUUUGUUCAGGUAACAAUCAAAACACCUCCCUAAAAGCAAUGGCUAGGUCCGGACUAACAGAAGACAAUCUGCAAUUUCAUUAUAAUUGAUUGAAGUCCAUUUUUUGUGAGGAAAGUAAGAAAACAUCUUCAAAAUGGUUUUACAAUAAACUUGUUGUUAGGUUCUGUCAUCUUGUAGGUCACUCUUUUAUACCACCAUUUGAAAAUCUGUAGCUAAUUUCUAGAGUUGGGAAAGAGCAAUUCUAAUUGCCAUAUCUCAGUACAAUAUUCCUGGGUUAGGAAAUGUUCUGGGGGAAAAGAAACACUGGACAAUUCUUCAAUGAGCCUUUAAGCAUAUACAGGUAUAUGGAAUAUGACAGAGGUGUACAGUAUACAUUGUAUAUAACAUGGAAAUAAAUACAUUUUUGGCUUAAG